AUGCAUAGUACAAACAUUAAAAUCGUAGAAUUGUCAAAUAAAAUAGAAACUGGAAGCACUCCUCGAGAUGAAACUGUUAAGCCUAAGUUCGUUAGAAAAAUUAAGACAGCAAAUACAUUUAAAGCAAGUAUGCAUCAAAUGAGCGCUUUUAAGAGACAAAAUUCGCAGAAUUUUGAUUCAAACUGUGAAAAUAACGGCAGGUUUACAGAAAUUCAGGUUGACACGUUCAAGCUGAGAAACCUUGAAAGUGAUUUGCAGAUCCAAACAAUUUAUCAUCAGCAGAUUCAUAAAAGUUAUGAUCUGCUUAUGCAAGAAAAUCAAGAACUUUCUGCUCGUCUAGCAAAUAUCCAGAAAGAAAACUUAUCAAUUUAUACACUUGAAAAGAAUCACUGGAAAGUCUAUUUGGAAAAAUUCAAAGACCUUUGCAAUAAGGAGCUUGCCCGAAAGCAAGCCGAAGUUAACAGGCUAAAUGCGAUCUUGGGAAAGUGGAUUGAAAUUUAUAUGGAACUUCAGGAAACUACUGGAAUUCAUUUAUCCGGGGCAUGUGCAAAAAAAGGGAAAAAAAGAACUCUAUAA